CGGAGUCGGCGCAGGCGCGGUGCAGCUGUCGCGGGGGCCGGCUGGACGCGGGGCGCAAUGCCGUACGCCAACCAGCCCACGGUGCGGAUCACGGAGCUCACCGACGAGAACGUCAAGUUCAUCAUUGAGAACACGGACCUGGCAGUGGCCAAUUCCAUUCGGAGGGUCUUCAUCGCCGAGGUGCCCAUAAUAGCUAUUGACUGGGUUCAGAUUGAUGCCAAUUCUUCAGUCCUUCAUGAUGAGUUCAUUGCUCACAGGCUUGGACUAAUUCCCCUCACUAGUGAUGACAUUGUGGACAAGCUGCAGUACUCCCGGGACUGCACGUGUGAGGAAUUCUGCCCUGAGUGCUCUGUGGAGUUCACCCUGGACGUGAGGUGCAAUGAAGACCAGACGCGGCACGUCACAUCCCGAGACCUCAUCUCCAACAGCCCCCGGGUCAUUCCGGUGACAUCCCGGAACCGAGAUAAUGACCCCAACGACUACGUGGAGCAGGAUGACAUCCUCAUCGUCAAGCUGAGAAAGGGCCAGGAGCUGAGGCUUCGAGCCUAUGCCAAAAAGGGCUUUGGCAAGGAACAUGCCAAGUGGAACCCCACUGCAGGGGUGGCUUUUGAAUAUGAUCCCGACAAUGCCCUGAGGCAUACAGUGUACCCCAAGCCUGAGGAAUGGCCAAAGAGUGAAUACUCAGAGCUGGAUGAGGAUGAGUCACAGGCUCCCUAUGACCCCAAUGGCAAGCCAGAAAGGUUUUACUACAACGUGGAGUCCUGUGGUUCUCUGCGCCCUGAAACCAUUGUUCUCUCAGCUCUCUCUGGAUUAAAGAAGAAGUUGAGUGAUUUACAGACUCAGUUAAGCCACGAGAUCCAAAGUGAUGUGCUGACCAUAAACUAGCUUCAGCUCACCUAUUUCAGCAAAAGUGGGGAUUCCAGAUAGUAAUUGGGUUUCAGGUCUUUGACACCUUCUGGUUUGGGGUCUCUGGACUGCUAUUCAAGCCUCAUGACAGGCCAUCAGUGCCCGCCAGAGCGGGGCUGCAGAUUACCAGGGAUGCCACUGGAAUUUAGGGUAGGACAGUUUUUACUAGACAGUUAGCAUGCCUGGCCCUAUUUGUUAAGGCCCAGUGGUAUUCCCCAGCACCCAGAACAUCCCUCCCAUCCCAUUUCCUAGCACCCCAGUAGGGGGCAUACUGCUUCCCCUCUGAGAACCACUGAGCUGGACUCCUCCUGGUCAUUGCAGCUCCUUAAUACCCUUUCCAUCCAACAAGAAGGGAUUUUCACAGCUGGAGCUUAGGUUUUCGGUGUUAGGAUUGAGUGCUAGAACCUUCAUUUAGGCAGGUGAUAAAUGCUCCUGACUCUUUCCCCAGAGCCAGGCUACUGGCACCUCAAAUUUCUGGGUGUUCCUAAUUUGGAAAGUAAUCCUUUAGGAUAGACUCUGGCUGUCCCCUCCCUCCACAAAUAAACAUGCUGUUUGAACACUUUC